CCGCCCCCGCCGGGCCCUGCGCCCCCCUCCCCGCCCCGGACGAGGCGCUUAACGUGCCCAGGCGUGAAGUAUGGCAUGCAAAGAUGGUUUCUGCCAAGGAGCCAGCCAUCGCCAUGUCCUCGGGUCUCUCCAUCGCCCUCCUGCACUGCCUGUGCCUGGCGACGUGUCUCACCGGGCCGCCCGGGCAGAGCAAAAAAGAGGAGAAAUUGUGGCCGGAGAAUUUCACCAGUAUCCUGAACAGCCUCCUGGAUGGCUAUGACAAUCGGCUGCGACCGGGAUUCGGGGGUCCUGUUACUGAAGUCAAAACAGAUAUAUAUGUCACCAGUUUUGGACCUGUUUCUGAUGUAGAAAUGGAAUAUACGAUGGAUGUCUUCUUUCGUCAGACAUGGGUAGAUAAAAGAUUAAAAUAUGAUGGCCCUAUUGAAAUUUUAAGACUUAACAACUUGAUGGUCUCGAAGGUGUGGACUCCUGACACUUUCUUCAGGAAUGGAAAAAAGUCUGUUGCACAUAAUAUGACAGCCCCAAAUAAACUCUUCAGAAUAAUGAGAAAUGGCACCAUCCUGUACACAAUGAGGCUUACAAUAAGUGCAGAGUGUCCCAUGAGAUUAGUGGAUUUUCCCAUGGAUGGUCAUGCUUGUCCUCUCAAAUUUGGGAGUUAUGCUUAUCCAAAGAGUGAAAUGAUUUAUACCUGGACAAAAGGACCUGAGAAGUCAGUGGAAGUUCCUGAGGAGUCUUCCAGUUUAGUUCAGUAUGACCUGCUUGGGCAUACGGUAUCCUCUGAAACUAUUAAAUCUAUUACAGGUGAAUAUAUUGUUAUGACAGUUUAUUUUCACCUCAGACGGAAAAUGGGUUAUUUCAUGAUUCAAACCUAUAUCCCAUGCAUUAUGACCGUGAUCCUCUCUCAAGUUUCAUUUUGGAUAAAUAAGGAAUCCGUUCCAGCUAGAACUGUUUUUGGAAUAACCACAGUGUUGACAAUGACGACACUGAGCAUCAGUGCAAGACAUUCACUGCCAAAAGUAUCCUAUGCUACUGCCAUGGACUGGUUCAUCGCGGUUUGCUUUGCCUUUGUAUUCUCUGCUCUUAUUGAGUUUGCUGCUGUCAAUUAUUUUACUAACAUUCAAAUGGAAAAAGCCAAAAGGAAGACAGUAAAGUCCCUUCUUGAAUUUCCAGUUGCUCCAGUACAAAGAAAAAGAAGUACAGAAGAGACGCUCACGAGUACAGAUGCGAAUUCAAAUGUGAGGAAAAGAACAAAUGCCACGGUACAGUCUGAAGCUGAUGGUGGGAGCCGAAUUGACACAAGGCACAGCUCCAUCCAGCCUCCCUCUGUAGCUCAGGGGUCUUCUGACAUUACACCCCACUCCCUUUCUGCAUCAAGUCCCAACCCCUUCACACGCAUCAAUGCAUCAGAGACAUUAUCUUCUGCAAGAGCUACCCCUCCAGCUCCUCCUUCUACCCCAAUUUUAACUGGAUUUGUAUCCCAGCAUGCCACAGCUGGAUCCCCUUCCAUUCAGCACUUGCUUGGAUCUAGACUGGAGCAGAUUCAGACCACCACACCUAAUACAUUAGGAGCAUCUGCAAAACCAUCUGCUGUCACACCACCUGCUCCCCCCGCCUCCCACUCUGGCACGAGUAAGAUAGACAAAUAUGCACGCAUUUUAUUUCCUGUUACGUUUGGAGCAUUUAACAUGGUCUACUGGGUGGUGUAUCUAUCCAAGGAUACCAUGGAAAAAUCGGAAAGUCUAAUGUAGUUUUGCUGCUAUGUAGUAGUUCCUAAAUUAUACUCACAUUUGAUGCAUAGUUUCUUCUUUUGAAACUAUUUAAAAAGGUCAAUAAUUCUUAUUUAUAAAAGCUGUGUGCUACUUUCCCAUUGUAAAGGCUGGAACUAUUGGGGAUAAUUAGUUAACUCUUACCAGAGUAAUGGAUCUUCCUCCCUUCAAUUAGGAAUGAGCCAUCACUCCUUCAGACAAACUACUCUGGAUGUACAGAACUUGUCUUUGGGAGGGACAUGCACCCGAAAAAAUCAGAGGCAGAGGUGCACAGCUGUGCAGUGGAACACAUCUGACUGCUAGGAAUAUGCACGUUGGCUGUUGCAAAUCCCUGAGGCACCCAGCACUGCUGUCUGGACACAGCAUUGUAUUCUCUGAGUGCGAGGUCCAUGUCCUGAAUAUUUUGACAGUGCUUGCUAGAAAAGGACUGUCCCUGCUAGAUUAAAAUUGGCAGAAUGGGGGGAAGAAAAUGAGAAGUGGAAAAAGAAAAGAGAGUCCAGCCUGGGAAGGUGCAACUCUGGGAAAGUUAUGCAAAGGAGUUGUAGAGCUCCAUAUAUUUUUACUAAGCAUUAUUUUGCAUUGUAACUCACUCCAAAAUAAUAAUUGAACCUUGUAAAAUCUGAAAUCUGAUGUAAUUCUCAAAAUUGGAUUUUCUAGUUUGGUAAGGUGAUCUUAACUGUGUGAUUCUUCUUUGACCUUUCUGACCAGCCUGAGUGGAUUUAUUCCUAAAUUACAUCCUUUGUAGUAGAUGAGGAUGAAAUCUGCAAUGUUGAACUUUUAAUUUGAAUUCUUUGUUUUUUCUUCAGAUGUUUUGGGGUUUGUUUUUUUUUCUUUCCUUCUCCCCCUCCACCCUCCCAUAUUUUUCAGUUACAUUCUUGAUUUCCUUUGAACACAUAUUCUGCCCCUACUUCAUGUAAUGUUUGUGUCAAGUUAAAUUUUCAACAUAGUUUUAAAAGUGUUCAAAAUUAAGCAAAAAAAAAAAAAUGUCCUGUGCUUUGAUGAGUGCGGCUAUGGCUUGUCAGUGUGUGAAUGAAAGACACUCUUUUUGUGAAGGACUACUGUGACAUAAAUAAGAAAAUAAAGUUUCUAGGUGGAGCCCAGGGAAAAUUUAUGAUCCAUUUGUUUAUUUUAAACUAUGGCAUAGAUAGACGCUUUUCUUAGCAUCUCAAUAUGCAAUGUACAAGCUGGGGAGUUUAUUAAAAAAUCAAAUAGUUAAACGUGGUAGAAGUCUUGAUCAUAAAUGUUGUUUUCACUGGAACGGGUGUAAGAUACACUCCUAAUACGUAUAAAUAUGUUUGUACAGAUCCAUCUGGCUAGGCAAAUGGUUAGUGUUUCUGUGCAGAUGACAGGUGAAAAUCAAAGGCCAAAUUCUCAGCUGUGAUCUGGCUGUGUCUUUAAAGGGUCUGAACUAAACCUUAGCUUCAGUUGAUUGGAGUAGCAGAUUGGUAGCCUAUGGUCAAAGUCGUAUGCUGCAGGGCAGAUCAGGUGAGUGUUGAGUAUUUCUGUGCCCAGACACUGAUCGAAGGAUUGGUGGAGACCACAAGUAAGUGGGAUAAUUGAGGGCAUUUUGAGACUACCUUACACUAUGCUGAGACAAGAGUCAGAAUAAAAAGAACCCAUAAUGGUGAAACUAUGACUGUGCCCCAUCUGUCUAUUAAACUAUGACUGUUCUGGCUCUCCAAGCCUUUUAGCCAUCUCAUGGCUGAGAAUCUGACCUUUAAUGUAUGGGACCUGGGAGGUGGCAAGAGAUCCCAGGCUGCUCUUUCAUGUCUAACAUUGGACUGUAGAUGAUAAAAUGCAGAAGAUGUGGGAGUGUCUUAUGUGACUUUAAUGUACUGAUGAUAUAAACAAUUGCCUUAGUCUUUUUUUCACUUAAGGGAUGCUCUCAAAAGGCCAGGUUUAGUCCUUUCUUUUUUGUCUUUUACAUCUAGAAGAUGUUUGAGCACUCCUUGAAAACCAUUACAUGUAACAUCCCACAGAAUUGGAAAUGGGGCACCCAUGCAAGAUGUCUAACUUCAGUAAUUUGUGUCUUUGGGUGUAUUGGUAGUUACUGUAGGUGUUUCCUCUCUGAUAAGGUCACAUUGUUCCAGUUGUGAGAAUAGAUGAUAGUAUGCAAGAGAUUGAUUAUUUAUUUUGUUAAAUCAGAAGAAACAAAGCUAAUCCUCUGGCAGUUAUUGAUUAUAAUUACACAAAUGAUGAAAUAUUUCUAGCAUGAAGAAUGAUGACCUUCUGUGUGGAGAACCUAGUGUGUGCAGCAGAAGUUACUGAAAUUACUGUUGGCUUUCCUCUGUGAUGAAAACCAAGUAUGUUUUCUCUCAGGCAGAGCUCUAAACAAUUAAUUAGAAACAGCUCUCUCUUCCUUCCACCCAUCCCGAUACACUGAUUUAUAAUCAGCUUUUUCUAGUGCAUUGCUCAGGGGGAUCAGCACUGGUUGAGGUUAAGAUUAGAUAAAUGUGCUACUUGAAUUUACUUAUAGUUUCCUUUUAAAGACUUAUAAGGGGAAUAAGGAUUGCAAAAAUUAAUAGAUUACAAAUAUUUAUUUCUUUGCUUCAAUUUUGGAAGAAGUUUUUAAGGAUACCACAAAAACCCACAAUUACCUAUUUUAAAUCUGACAGUGUAUUUUUGAAGUACUUUACAACACUUCCAUGCCUACGUUGAAAAUGAAACACAUAAAAAAAAAUCAUUAUGAGUCUAGGACUCAUCUGUUGAACUGUACUACAUUUUUAUGUUGCAACAUAUAAAGAAAUUACUAUAAUUACCUUUCCAAAGUACAUGUGGACAAUGUAAAUAGGAUUUUAUUGUUAACAGUUGUUCUUCCUUAUAUUUAAUCUUCUUGUAGAGUGAUCAGAAACAGUAAAGAGCCUGUAGUAUACUCAGCGAUGCUGUAACUCCGAAGCACACACACACAGAAAAAGUGGGAAUAUGCUAAAUAUAGCAACCCAAAUGUUCAGAACUGCUAACUAAAAUCCUAAGGGAGAACAUUGCAGGUGUCAUUUCAGUGACCAAAUGGCUUAUUAUAGCUGAGUUUGAGUGAGAUGAACUCUACAGGAACUAUUUUUUGUUGUUGUUUUUUAUUUUUUCUAUUUGCUUUGUUGAACAAUUUUUUUUUUUUUUUGAGAGUACCAUAUGAUUUAAAGCUAACUAGACACUUGAGGUAAGUUAUAUCUGUCAACAGGAAAUGCAACUGGAUAGAAAGUCAAAAAUCCUUACGAGGGAGCAAAGAUAGAUCUCCACUGACUGCCGUUUCCUCGGAGACAUUGUUACCAGCAGCAAAACUCUCACAGAUUGCAGUGGUGCAGCCCUCACCACUAAUGCAGUCAUUUGAGAAAAACAGUUGAAAACGUGGUUCAGGAAGGUUGCCUUCAUAGAAACUGAAGUGUGUUUUGUAGUCAGCUGUGAGCCCUCUAUUAACAGGUUUCACUGCAGUUGUGAAAAUAAUGAAACUGAGCAAGGUGGCAAACCUAGACCCUGCCCUCCGUGGUGACCUGAGCUCUUUGAGCUCACCAGCAUUACUGGAGUCUGGUUUUCCUCCUACAAAGUGGACUCAUCUCCACCAAAUGGGUUUUGGUGGUGCAUUUCUUCCUCUUAUGUGUCUUUUAAGGGGAGGAAAAGUACACUCUGUAAGCUGUUUAGUCAUCCACUUUACAUUACCCUGUGAUCAGGCAAGUAGACCAUAUAGUAAUUGAGUGAAAGAGGUAAAUAAUAAGGAAUGUGAAUAGAGCUUUUCUGUUAACAGAUACUAAAAGUUUAUUGAUUAUAGGGUGUUCAGGUGUAGCCUUUGGUCUCUCAUCAUUGUCAUCAUUCAGGAUGGACCUUGCAAAAAAAUGGGGAAAGCCAAGUAACUAUAUUUAUUAGGAUUUAUCCAGUAUUUCUACAGAAAAUUCAAUUAACUCUGCUUUUCAAUAUGCACAGAAUUCUGUCUUUUUCCACUGUCUCACCUACCUCCUAUAUGUCAUUUGGCCACAGGGUACCCUAAGCUGUAGUGCAUUGUCUGUGUGCCAUGUGACAGCAUCAGAGGAUGCAGUGUGUAUUUAUCCAAUUUAUCCAAAGCCUAGUGUUCUCAUAUCCCUUAUGUUAUUGGAAGUGGAGGGAAGGCCAGAAUGGAAGAAUGACAACAAUGGUUUGUAAGAGACACACGCUGGCCACCUGGGACAUCUUCCUGUGGGUUUAGUUCAGUGCUGAGUGGGGAGAAUAGGAGGCGCUUCCCUUUGUAGUCUGACAGGAGGAAAACAAUAUAGCUUCUCCAUUUAUAUACAGACGAAAAAAGCUCUAUAAACAAAAUUUCAUACUCAAUGAAAAGCCACGGGGUAAAAAAUUAUGGAGGUCAGUAUUAACCACCAAUCACAACACCCAAAAAACUAGGAAAAAAAAUCCAGGAAAAAAAUGGAAAUUAAUUUAAAAUUAAAUGACAAUAACAUCCUUUUUUCCUAUUUUUUUUCAAGACCUUAUAUUUCUUUCACUGUGGUAUUUCAAAGCAUGCCUAUAUUUUUGUAAGAACCUAUACUAGUAUUUACUGACACCAAUAUGUGGUUUUCUGUUUUUCUUUUGCUUCAGUGCACUUUAAACAGGAAAUUUAAAAGGAAAAAAUGUACCAUUUUGAAAGAGUAUCUGAUAUGCAUUAAUUUGUGCAGUUUUCAUUUGUAGGCCUCUCCUCAGAGUCCAGAUAUAGCUAUUUUGGAAAAUGUUAGUGUGGUUAGUAGUUUCACCAUGUUCUGAGCAAAUGAGACUUCAAAAGUAAGUUUUUGCCACAUCCCAAGCAAGUGAGAGUAGUGUGAAGUAUAGAACACCCUGUAGAGAUCUCUCUUUGCUAAUGUUAUGUACUGUUUUCUUGAGGGAAUGAAAAAUGCAGUUAAUGUAAAAUUGAUAGAAUUUGUAAAACAUACUUUGUUUUCACAUGAAUUAAAUAAUGCAGUAGGUUUUUAUUUCAGAACUGAAUAGCAUUGCCUUCUAGUCUCUAACUUACUGCAUCUCCAAGUAUCUCUUAGGCUUUCUUAUGCUUUUUGUAUUAUUCCACUAUAAAGGAUUUCAAAGCAAGCAAGUUAAUACCCAUUGCAGUUCACUAUAUUUUUUGGUCGUAAUUCUAUUUUCAUUUUCAUGGAGAGGAACUGAGAGCAUGAUGACUUCUUCAAAAUAAAAAUAACAGCAGCAAAAAUAAAAAGCCUUGGAGAUUCCCUUUUUUAGAAAACCAUCCAAACUCCCAUCAAUUAUUGAAUGCUCCUUUUAAAUAAUAGCAUAGUUUUGGCAUUAAAAAUACUAAUGCUGUUGCAGCAGCCUAGAUACAUAUAUACAUGUAUCCAUGGAAAUAAUUCCCUAAAUUGUAAGGAAACAAACUCAAGAUGCACUUGCUAAUAGUCUUGUUUUGAAAGAGUAUUCUUCUGGAUGGAAAACACCAUGUGAGGUAGGUUAUUUUUUUUUUUAUUAUUAUUAUCUUCAUACAUCUAUUUUCAAGAAAAUUAGCUGCAGGAAAAGUAUAGUACUAUUGAAUUAAUCUUCAGCUAGCACAGAGGUGGGAUUUUUUCGUGCAGGUGAUCUUUCUGUUGUUGAUCUCCUUCAACAUUUGCUUAGUGGUUUUUGCGAAUGCCGUAUCCAAGUUGCUGUUAACUGACACAGUAAUCUGUGUGUGAUCUGAUGGCAUAAAGAAACACUUAAGGGAAUAAUCAUUAUUUGUGAAUACAUUUUCCUCCUUGGAAAAAUGUUAACUGGGUGUUGGUAGAAGAAGCAGGUGACAGUAUGAAGCACUCAGCUGGACUUGUAACCUCGAUGAAUUACAAAAUUUAGUUGAUUACUGCUUUGUCUUGCCUCAUCAUCCUGUGCUGGUGGUUCGUCUCCAUGGUAAGUAAAACUGCUACGAGGAUGGAAGACUCAGAAGUAAAGAACAUGUUUCUUCAAAGUUAUUUCAAAAUACGUGAUAAUUAUUCUUAUUACUGACUGUAUCUUCACAGUAUGCUUUGUAUUUGCAAACUUUAAAAUCUCCUUCUCUGUUAGAAUGUACUAGGUUGUCAAAGGAAUAAGAAGAUACUUUUCAUAAAUAUAUGAUUCUGUAUGUACAUGUAUUUCAUUUUGUAUCAAUUUGUGGCAACAUUCUCUGUCACCAGAGCAGUGGUGGAAGUUUGAGGCAUUUCAGAUAACCAGAGUUCUUGAGCAAUUACAUGAAAAUGUUUGUUUCAUAGAUACAUGCCUUUGAAAAUCAAUACCAGCAGUGCUUUCAUGGUGGAAAUUAAUCCACUUUUGAAAAAUCCUGGCCUUGAGUAUUUAACCCAUAUUUCAAGGGCUGAUGAAGCAUACUGGGCAGGGCAGGACUGAGGGCAUGUUUAUUCUAAGAGGCUUCUGGAUUGGAGCUGGAUUAUGUCCUGUCGUGAUCUGAAGCAGUCUGUGCUAGAGAGGCUAUAAGCAGAAUCCAUGUUUUUUUGUGGCUCUUUUUUAAGACCACCAUAAAACUAUAUUACUGCUGAAUGUAGUGCUCUCACCUUCUUCCUAAUUGUCUUGCUUUGUGUGUGGAGAAGUAUUUCAGUGCUUGCAGCGAGCAGGCUGAAAUAACUUGCCUAGCUGAAAUCCAACUUUGUCUUAUUGUCUUUUGGCUGGUAAGUAGCAGUGGAAUGUGUCUGAUCUGGCUCCCUGUCUUAGUACUGGUACAAAGGAGGGGCUGAGAAGGCUGGAUUGAUGCUUUGAUCUGGAUAAAAGCUGGUGUGAAACCACAGUCUGAGAAUUCUCAUCCUACCUCCACUGGCAUUAAAAUAAAUGCCCUCUCAGGCUUUUUCCAACCUCCGGUACCCCCUGUGGUAAUUUUUCUUCCACAAAAGUGAUUUUGUGAAUUAUAUCUAUGACAAAUAAUGGAGGAAAAAAAAUAGAACCAGGCCAGAGUUUAUGAAAGAGCCAAAAUCAAUGAAGUUAUUUGAAGCGAGAGAAAAGGAAGAGAAGGGAAAACAUAAGUAUGGAUGAAAAAUUUCAUUUCUUGCUACCAAGAAGUUAUUUUAAGAUAUAUCCUAUUAGAGGUACUAGAACUGCAUCUGGCAGGAAACAGGCUAGAAAUAAUUAUUUCUUAAUUAUAAGUAUAAUGAGAAAGUAAUAAAGAAAAGUGCCUAAUGUCCUGUUAUAAACAUUUGUGUUUCAUUGAAGCUGUUUUCAAAAAAUGGUGUUUUCAUUAUCAACUGGAAAGAAUUAGGAGACAGAAUGAUAAGGGAAAAAGAUUGAGUUUUAUUAAGUAUUACUGUUUCUCUUUGUUUUAGAACAUUUCUUAACCAAAAAUGUAAACAGUAACAUUUUUUUAAUCUUUCUGAUACUGUAUAUAUUUAGUGUUCAGUAAUGAAGCGCUUCAGAAUGUUUACCAUUUAACUUGCUUUAUGUUUAAGAGACUAAAUAUCAUUGCUGUCUCUGAUUUAAUUCAGUUAUUAGAGGGGAUGGUGGGAAGUAAAAGCUUUCAUUACAGUAACAGCCAGUUUUUUGAAGUGUCAUGCCUUCCUCCUAAAUCUGAAGACUUCAUUCCUGUACCUGAAUUCAUGGGAGCUCUUUAGUGCUGAGCAAUCCGGUCAGUGCUACAGCUUGUGGAGUGCAGCUGCGUUUAAAUUUGGCAUGUCUGAAAAUGUACGUCCACAACCUUGGCACUUGCACAGUGUGGAUCCCAUGAAAGGCAAAGAUGUGCUUGUAACCCACCAUAUGGGUGCAUGAAAGCUGUUACGCUGCUGAUGGAGGAGAAGGUAGAACCUGUGGUCAUAAAGGGUAAGGAGAGUGAGACUGCCUGUUUUAGAUACCAUGCAGAUCUUAUAUUGAAUUAAGCCACUUAUGAAAAUGCCCCCUAAACUCCUCUGCAAGUAGGCAGCUUAGGAACGAGCUGAGUGCAGUGUGGAAUUCAACUACCAAUCCUGCAUGAGGAUCAGCACAGUUAAUCUGUUCUAAGGUUUCUGAUGCUGGGGCUAGACGACUGGAAAGAUGUGAAGCAGAGCUGCUGCCAGCUGGAACACAUUUGUGUUGCUCUGCGUUCAAGCUGUACCGAAGGGCAUCAGGGUCUUUGGUGUACUGGGAGUGGGAUGGAAAACGAUUUUUUGGAGUACGAAAUAGGGCAGAAUGAAAACUCUUCCUUUGGCUCAGCACAGCUCAUAUUCACUGUAACAGGACUGAACAGGAGGACCAAGGUGUAUUGCAGUCUUGUCUUCUCCUCAUAUGCCUGCUAAAUGUUCUGAUGUGGAAUGUGGUGGGAGUGACAAGUACAUGUCUGGUAAUGAAACAGAACAUGCUUAUUGGUGCUGCCUGGUAGUACCCACAACCUCAUGCCCCUAGUUGUGGGCCUUCCCAGAAAAACUACAUCACUGAUUUUUUUUUUUCUUUUUUUUUUUUUUUUUUUUUUUUUUUUUGUGUAGGUAUAGUUAUUAUGCCCCUACCACCUCUCCUGUAGCUUAAACACUGGAAAAAGGUAUUUUCUUUUUGAUGCUCCUUUCUCCAUUUUGUUGUGUAUUUAUGAAGAAGAAAAUCAAACUGAAUUUUUCUUGGGUUUAUAAUUUAUUUUUUAAAGAGACCUUCUCAUCUGCACAAGGAAAUCACAAGCUCCAUUGCAAACUUUAGGAAGGUAGCAGACACUUCUAAGUCAACUUCAGAAGUCUCUCUAUGCUUAUAUUAAAAAGAUAGCUUUUGUUUUCAAAUAAAAUCUCUAAUUUGGAGGAUAUUUAGUUUAAACUUCUUAAAUUUUAAAUAUAAAAAUAUUUUCUCUGUACUGAAAAAUAGGAAGAUAAGGCACAAUGAAUGUAUGUGGGCUUUCUCUUAAGCUAGUUAAUAUAUGCCAUGCUGGAAAAGAUGCUUAGCUGUGUGAUAUUCAGUAGCCAUUUCAUAAGUACAUGGGUGGUAUUUUUUUUUAUUUUGGAGAAUGUGAAGAUGAUACACAAACAGAAGGUGAGAACUCUGUAGAGAGAUUUUAAAAGGCUACUUCUCACUUUCUCUCUGGAUAUCAUAUGCAUAAGUAUAGUGAAAUCAGGUAAGAAAAAAUAUGUGAAUAAAAGAAAAGACCUUUUUUGAUUCUCACACUCUCAGCUAGUCUUACUAAGUAUGGAAGUUUACAGCUUCCCUGUAUGCUUCCAAGUUUUCUCUCUGCUAUGCUAUGGGGGAAGUGCAGAAGGUAAUGCCUUUUCAAAUAAAACCUAGGAAUUUUUAAGUUCAGUUCAUCAGUCCAGUAAGGAGGACACUCAGUGCUGGCCUUGCUGAGUUGGGAAUGUGGUUUUGUAGGUCUAAAUUUUGUCCUGAUGGAGCAAUCUGCUCAGCAGGAGAAGGUAUCCCAGUUCUGGAUCAGAACAGUUGAUGCAUUUUGCUGAAGUAAGAUGUGAGAGUUGAAUUAGGCUUGAGGACUGCUCAUUAGCUAUUUAAAACGCCCCAAGUGUAUAAUCUAAACCCACGCUUUGGCAUGUUCUGGUACUUUUGCGCUGCUUUGAUUUGUUCCAGAUCUGUCUCUGACUUUGCUCCCUUGCCUUGUGGCUGAGGUGGGGAGCAGCAGUUCCAAGGAUGGCAUGGGGUUCACACGCCUUCCCUUCAGCCAUGAGCUCUCUCUGCAUCCCAUCUCCAUCACCAGGGUGGACAGCAGAGUCUGGGCAGGGAGAGGGUGUGCAUCCAUGCCACUGACAGAUAAACCCUGGCAGUCAAGCAGCAAGGCACAGAGUGGGUAGGGUCUGCCAGUUCUGAUACUCCAAAUUGCUGAGGCACCUUUGUGAGCUGUUAAAAUUGGUCCAUCUAAUGAAUGAUGUGAAAUACCCCUUUGUUCUCAACUCACAGUUGAGAGACAGGCUGGGAGAUAUCAACUAAUUCAAAGUUUAAGACCUGUACCAACUGAAGAACCAAAAAGAAAAAAGGGUAGUUUCUGUGUGAGGUGUAGCAGCUGCUAUAUCUGUGUGUCAUUUUUAAGCUGGAAAGAAAAAUCAAGAAGAUGGUAUUUACUGGUAUUUUAAUUUACUAUAAGCUUUUAUUUUCCUGAGAAGCCCUGUCCACUGUGACUAAAGCAUCUGGGUUUAGGCUUAGACAUUGUAAGGAAGACUCCCAGUGAAAAAUAUGAAGCUUUUGGAAGUGUUUUUAUUUUUUCUGUAAAAUUAGUGGCAUGCAGAAAAUCUACACUAAAGCAAACAUAGUCAUCUUUAACACCCUCUGUAGGAAAGUCCUAAAUUCUCUUAACUUCUCUGUCAAUAAUGUAACUACUUCUGCAAUAUGUAACUGUCCUAGAUGCAUGUUGCAAGAGUUUCUGUGCCAUGUCAGGUUCUGAUGUUAUUGGCUCAUACAUGCAGAAAAACGGAAAAGAAAUCAAAGCAAGGGAAGCCUUGGGGUUGAAUUCUUUUACACCAUUCCUGGUGCACAUUUUAGUUGCAUGGAAUAACGUGGCUGGGAGAACUGGAAGAAUCAGAGGUUAACUAAAUUAUUUGAAUGCAUAUGUUCAAUGCUGGUCACCUGACUAUAGUAACAAACUUAAAAGGUGGUUUGAUAGGUGUCAACUUGUUUUGCUAUUGUGCAGCUUAACUGUUACCUUCCUGUAUUAUGAACAUCUAUGUACUUGGAAAAUAAAUCCAUCUUGCAAGAAAGACUGUGCAAAAAAUUGUUCCUAUUAUACUCCAGUGUAUAUUGCUAAUGUCAAAUAAAAUACGAUUGUGAGAGUUCUUAAA